AUGGGCCACGACAGCAGUGUACAAUAUUCGACUAGAAAGAUCACUGCACUGCCUUCUUUCAUUUUCCUUGUGGUAUAUGCCUCAAAAAAUCCGCCCGUCGAAAACCAGAAUAAGGUCUUAGUCAAGAAAACCCAAGCUAAAGACGAUGAAGCAGAUUUUGGUCACGCUAAGGUCCAUCAUGGUGUUUAG